AGAAUGUCCUUGCAUUUAUGGGUCAUUUAUGUGAUCUGAAAUAUCAUUUUUAAAAUACCUGUAAUUCCAACUCUAAUAUCAGCGCGUUUGAGUGACAAUGAAUUCGAUUUUAAACGUUAUAAUGAAAUUGAAGGAAAAUGUUACAGUACAGCAAUGAUGGUAAUUUCCAUCACUUAAUCAUUUGUUCGUCAACGUAGUACUUUGGCAGUAAAUGUCAUUAUUCCGAAUAUCCAAAACGCAGCAUGUCACUUCUGUCCAUGCGCAUUCCGAUUGGACGACAGAGGGCUCAGAAAAACAGGUUCCGCCAUAUUUGCAGUUCUACAACGAGACCUCCUACAUGCUAAAAUGUUCACACUUUUCACAAUGGCUUCGAUAACACCAUGGCUUCUAAUAUCGCCGAGCGGCUCCUCUUCGACACUCCGCCGGUGAUAUCGCUCUUAAAAGCGGCUAGCUUGUAGCAAGCCAAUGUUUUGCUGGCCGGCGCUGCUUAUCGUCCUCCUCCUCUUUGCACGUCAAGUGUUUCUUUCCUGACACGUUUGUGUUUCAAGAUGGCUCACACGCGGGGUAUGGAAGACGCGGCGGACGGUGCCGACGGCAAGUCGAGUUCCGGUGCCGCCGGCCUCCGAAGUCGACCGGGCUCCAGCGAGAGGGACGCUCGGGUGCGGGCGGCCAAAGCGGCGCUGCAGUGCCGGCUGGGGCCCUACGAGCCUCUGCUCACCUACCUGCAGUCGGUGCUGGCGUGGGAGAGACCCGUCCAGUGUCUGCUGCUCUACGUGCUGCUCAACGUUGUGUUCUGGUUCUUUGCACUGACGUCUCUGCGUCUGUUGUUCCUGCUGGCGUCCGGCCUGGCCUCGGUGGUCUGCGUUGACACAUGGAGGAACAAGAUUUGGCCGAAGCUCAGAGGUGCUCACAUGUAUCUACUCUUCAGAAACCAGGAUGAAUCCGAAAGCGAGAGCUGGGGCCUGGUGCAGCCCGGCAUCCUCAGCGUACCUGAGCUGUGCCACCACGUCGCCGAGGCCUGGGUCAGCGCAGUUGUUCUUGCGUCCAACGUGAUGCAGUUCAAACGACUCAACCCCGGCAGGUUUUGCAUCCUGACCUGCUGCCUCUUCUUCUCUUUGGCCGUGAUCGGACGCUACGUUCCUGGCUUGGUGCUUUCCUACUCGACUUUGUUGGCAACGCUCCUGGCCCCUCUGGCGGCCUACAACAGGGUUUUUCAGUGCGUGUUUGCGAAGCUUGAGCCGGUCCUACAGCGGCUGGACUUCAGCGUUUGCGGGUACAUGAUGUCCAAGCCGCUCGACAACCAGUUCCUGCGCUUGCCUCUACAUGGUGUCAUCUCAGGUGAAGGCAGCGACAGUGAGGAGGAGCUGGCAGCCUUCUGUCCUACGUUUGACGACAUCGUCGUGGCGAAGGAACUCGCUCUGACUGACUCCGAGCACUCCGACGCUGAGAUUUCCUACACAGACAAUGGGACAUUUAACCUAUCCCGGGGCCAGACGCCGCUGACCGAAGGCUCCGAGGAUCUGGACAAACACAGUGAUGCCGAGGAAUCUUUCGCUCAGGAUCUCCCGGACUUCCCUUCCAUCAACCCAGACGCCACCCUGAUGGACGACGACGACGACACCAGCAUCGGGCUGCCCAGCUUGGCUCUGUCCGGACUGCAGAGUCACCGAGCCUCCGCACUGGACGUGGACGCUCACCUGGACUCGGACCAGGAGGACCUGGACGCCGAAAUGUCCCUCAGUGGCCUGCCGCCCGUAUCCGACUUCAUGGGCGACCUGGCGGGUGACAUUGCCAGCAACAUGAUCCGGGCGGCGCUGGUCGGCGCCAUGCAGCCUCGACGUCCCUCCGCCCAGCGCAGGCGACCCCCCGCCAAGGUGGGCCCCCACCGCAGCUACCGGAAGCAGUCCAGCUCAGAGCUGGACACAGACUUUGACGUGGAAGACUUUGAGAUGCUGGAUCAGUCCGAAUUGAGCCAGAUGGAGUCUGUUGAAGAAGGGCAACAUAGAGAGAGCCAGGGCUCUAACUUCCUAUCCAGCCUGCUUGGUAAACCACAGUAAAAAAAAAAAAAAAAAAAAAAAAUCACUUUUAAUGCGUGUUGGAGUCUUGGAUAGUAGCAAAAUAUAUUUUAAAGUUCGACCCCCGUCUGUUCAGAAUCACCUUUAUCACUGAAUAGGUCUUGGAACACCCCAUUGUAUUGAUUGGAUAAUGAAUCACCAGCUUUCUUUUUUGGGAGGGGGGCACAUCCAAGUCUCUUUGUAGCCUGCGAGUUGCUGGAUUAAGAACGCUGUUAUUAAAUUGCCGCCCUCUUUCCCACAGAGGUUUAGGGCUAUGUAACCAACAUGGGACCAAAUCUGAUGUUCUCAUUUGAGCCAUUUGUGUUGCUUUCCCAGAAAGUUGUUUCUUCACAAGUUACAAGAGUUGCUGUGCUGCUGAUUUUUACUUUGCUGUUCUCCAAAGUUGCACGUCUCUGUUACUCAAAAGUGCAGUAGAUAUUUUGUGUAUUUAUCCUCCUACCAGUUGACUUCUGAUGCUACUCUGAUUUUCUUUAUUUUUUUUGCCAUGUGAACAAAUUCAGGCAAAUUCUGGAUUAAUUUGUCUUGCCCUUUACAUUACAUAUAAUCACCCUAAUGUAGUUGUAAAUUAUGCUGAUUUUUUUUUCAAGACGUACGUAUGUAUACAGUUCAUAGAUUUACUCGGUUUACUUGAAAGUAAACCAUUAUUACAGUAUUUUAGUCUGUAAAAGUGGCCCAUGAAUCUUGCGAGUAUGCCUGACUAAUAAAACUGACUUGGUCAGCCAUACACUACAGUUAUGUGAGCCACAGUUUAGUUGUGAUCAGAAUUCUAGACUUAAUGUGUGGUUUUUAGGAGAAAAGUCACUUUUCUGUAAACAAUCCGCACAAUAAAACAGCUGGAUUCACUUUACAAAGAACAAUUGACACUGCUCAAUUGUGUAUUUUCUUCUCUGCAAUCGUUUUUAUAUGUUUUGAUGUGCAAAUUAUAUUGAAUAAACCGUUUUCAACUAAA